UCCGUCGAUCGCUGACUGGUUACAGAUGUGUAUCAUCCCCACAGUUAACAAAGCGGAGGAUCUAGCACUUGCUAGCAUCACAGCAGUCGGCGCAGCCGGUCACGAACAGGGACAGAAGAACCAUCGGUUCUUUAAUCGAACUCAAGCUAUAGAUAUUCGAAUAGCUAUGUCAGAGGCUGGAAACCUGGGAUGCGUUGUCGUGGCCGUCGAUGGCAGCGAGGAGAGUAUGAGCGCAUUGAGAUGGGCCCUCAACAAUCUCAAGCUCCGAUCGCCUGGAUCCGAUUCUACUUUUGUUAUUCUCCACGUCCAAUCUCCGCCCUCCAUUGCCGCCGGUCUUAACCCCGGUGCCAUUCCUUUUGGCGGACCCAGUGACCUGGAAGUGCCUGCGUUCACUGCAGCGAUCGAAGCGCACCAAAAGCGCAUCACCGAUGCCAUACUGGAUCACGCUUUAGGGAUUUGCUCCAAAUUAAGUGUGAAUGUCAAAACCCAUGUGGUUAUAGGAGACCCAAAGGAGAAAAUUUGUGAAGCUGUCCAGAAUUUGCAUGCUAAUUUGCUUGUGAUGGGUUCUCGUGCGUUUGGCCCCAUUAAGAGGAUGUUCCUGGGAAGCGUUAGCAACUACUGCACCCACCAUGCUCAAUGUCCUGUUAUUAUUACAAAGGAGAAGGAUACUGCCAACAAGACAAACUAGCACAAGGCAUUAUUGCCACAUACAGUUUGCAAGGUGACAAUAUUUUGAAACAAUUUGAUUCCAUGUUCUGGGUGUGGGUUGCUGUAUUUCAGUUGUUAGUGGUGCAUCUCUAAUUAUGCAUUCAUUUGGUCGGACCUCAAGCCUUUUCAUGCUCGGGAUUUUGUGUUUAACGGAACCUGUGUGUAGCUCAGUUCCAAUGCUUCUGUCUGCUAGUUGUCUACUGCUGAUGCAGGUUCUACAGCCAUGUGUUUUCACAUUUUGUGGACUAUGGCCACUUUGAUGUGGUGUGAAGUUGUUGCAGUGAAGGGUGCUUCGUCCAUGCUAUUAUCACUUUGCAGUGAUUCAAGAAAAAGUCUGAUUUCCAUCGUCUCUGAAUCAAACCUCACGCGUUCCUUUGCAUUGUUGUACAUUAAUAAGAGGGUGAUAUUUUUAUAGCUAAAAUAGAGGGAGUAAUGCUUUCGUCUUUCGCAUAUAAUUUUGUCGCAGAAAGGCUUAUAUGGAUUCAAGUAUUGCUUGCCUCGGUCGACCUGUUCUACUUUCCCACUCUUGAUUAUUCAUACUUGGUUUAUUUAUUAAUGUUAUGUGUUUCAAUA